UGGAGGAGCCGCGCUGUCGCUGCGGCCGGGCCGCGGCAUGGCCCGCCCGCUCCCGGGCCGCCGCCGCCGCCGCCGCUGAGCGCGGGGGGAUCGCAGCGUCCGGCGACUGAAGAUUUCUCUGAAGCAUAAUCUUCAAGAUGAAGUUCUUACUAGCAAUUUUACUUUUCAUCUCAUUCUCCUUAUGGGUUGAAGAAGUCUAUUCCAAAGAGAAGUCUUCAAAGAAAGGAAAGGGGAAAAAGAAGCAAUAUCUGUGUCCAUCGCAGCAAUCAGCUGAAGACCUUGCAAGAGUACCUGCUAAUUCCACCAGCAAUAUCUUGAAUAGGCUAUUGCUCAGCUAUGAUCCCAGGAUAAGGCCUAAUUUCAAAGGAAUUCCAGUCGAUGUUGCAGUCAACAUCUUCAUUAACAGCUUUGGGUCAAUUCAAGAGACAACUAUGGAUUAUAGAGUCAACAUCUUUCUAAGACAGAAGUGGAAUGACCCCAGACUCAAACUGCCCAAUGACUGGAGAGGUUCAGAUACACUGACAGUGGACCCAACUAUGUUUAAGUGUCUUUGGAAGCCAGACUUAUUCUUUGCAAAUGAAAAAAAUGCUAACUUCCAUGAUGUCACACAAGAAAAUAUCCUCCUUUUUAUAUUUCGAGAUGGAGAUGUCCUAGUCAGUAUGAGAUUGUCUAUUACGCUGUCAUGCCCUUUGGACUUGACCUUGUUUCCUAUGGAUACACAGCGCUGCAAGAUGCAAUUGGAAAGCUUUGGUUACACAACUGAUGACUUACGGUUUAUCUGGCAGUCUGGAGAUCCUGUACAGCUAGAGAAAAUUGCUCUGCCUCAGUUUGAUAUUAAAAAGGAGGAUAUUGAAUAUGGUAACUGUACCAAGUAUUACAAAGGCACAGGUAUUUUCUCAGUGCUCAGCUUGGCAUCUGAAUGUACCACUCUUGCCGCUGAACUUCCCAAAGUGUCUUACGUGAAGGCCUUAGACGUGUGGCUGAUUGUUUGCCUUCUCUUUGGGUUUGCAUCUCUGGUGGAGUAUGCUGUGGUUCAGGUAAUGCUAAACAAUCCAAAGAGAAUCGAAGCUGAAAAAGCAAAGAUUGCCAAGGCAGAGCAAGCAGAAGGGAAGGGAGGAAAUGCUGCCAAGAAGAACACUGUGAAUGGCACAGGGACUCCUGUUCACAUCAGCACUUUACAGGUUGGUGAGACCAGAUGCAAAAAAGUUUGCACUUCGAAAUCUGAUCUGAGAUCCAAUGAUUUCAGCAUUGUUGGAAGCUUGCCAAGGGAUUUUGAAUUAUCAAAUUAUGACUGUUAUGGGAAGCCCAUUGAAGUCAACAAUGGGCUCGGGAAAUCUCAAGCCAAGAACAACAAGAAGCCUCCUCCUCCCAAGCCUGUCAUUCCAUCAGCAGCAAAGAGAAUUGAUCUUUAUGCAAGAGCACUGUUUCCUUUUUGCUUCUUGUUCUUCAACAUCAUAUACUGGUCCAUAUAUUUAUGAUAAAUCUUUUAUUUAUUUUUUUCAUAUGUGUAAAAUAUAGCCCAUUUCAUUAUCCCUUCCCAGUCAUGAAGGCCACUGUGUGAAAUUAUUUGCAUUUGCAAAGCAAUAUGUUGCAUCUUGAUGCCGUGCGAUUGUACUGAACAUAUGGCAUCUGAAAUUUGAAUGAAAGCAUGACACUGCAAUGUCUGUGCUCUGACCAACUGUGUAUAUAAAUGUACAGCAUACAUCCUGCUUUAGGAAUAUAUAUGAAGGACAAUGCCUACUACAUUAUAAAGCUGAUUAACGCUCUUCAGAUAUUAGUAACAUACAGAAAUUUCAAGUGUUUCUGACAAUGAAAUGGAUGUGCACGUUGAGUAUUAUUAAAAUCAGUAUUCUAGUAUAUGUAGUAUUUAACAGCUUUUCUGCUGACUUCCAGAGGAAAAAGAAACACCCACCAAACAUCUCAUUCUUAUAUAAUUUCAGCUGGCACUGUUGAAGAAAAAGCUAAGGUGUAAUUAUUAUUACUUAGACUUUGUAAGUGGAGGCAGCAUCAAAUAAGCAGAUCUUGUCUAUGUGGAAAAAUAAAGAUCAGAGAAGUACUAAAUUUGUAAAAUCAGCUCAUUUAGGAAAAAAUCCUCAAUAAUUGUGUCCAUGAAGCAGGCACACUUAAGUAUUUUAGAAUAUGCUGGCAAUAAAACAUUGGGCCAAAUUUUAACUGCUGUUUCCUUAGGCACAAACUAGAUACAGUACAUAAAAAACAAACGGGCCACUUUCUAGACUAAAGGUAUCAGGAGUUUUGGAGAGGCAUCACAAGAUGCAGCUCAGUAUCAGGUUUGUUAUACAUUUUUACAUUACUUUGUCCUCUGGCUCAGCUUGUGUAGCAGCUGGCAAGCCUGCAGUAUGUAAGUCAUGAUUUUUUUGUUGUUGCAUUGGACACUUAUUAUUUGGUUUGUUUUGUUUAUCCCCUUGAAAUCUUUAAUUUUAAACAAACCAGUUUUCAAGACGAAAUCCCAUUUUCCCCACUAAAAUUACACCUUUUCUGUUUGUGUUCUAGCUAGCACGUAGCCACCAGUAGGAGUGAAAACAUGUCCAAAGGUCUAAGGGGCUGAGACUGUCAUGAGCCCCAGUGUGCCUAUGUGUUAAUUAAUGGCUGCCAGCAGCUCAUUGAUUUGGCUUCUACAUUUUGGAGAAUAAGGUCCUGUGCAUGAAACAGUUCUGAUAGGAGACUGCUUUCCAUUUUCCAGAGGAAACGCUAUGGCAUGGAGACUACCUAAACAUGAGCUCCUUGGUGUGCAUAGUGCGGGAGCUGUGGUCUCCUGUGGAUGCCAGGGUUCAUCCCUUCAUAGGGGCAAGUCAUGAGAAGAAAUGCAGCCAAAAGAAAGCUGCAUGUAGGUAGGCAUGUGAGAGAGAACGGGGACUUGGCCUCUGCUCGUGAGAGCAUGCCAUACAGAAAUACAUCUCUGCUUGUAAAGCUGGGGCACCACAGCUAAUUACAAUAUGAAAAUAAGGCAGUUCUCACUAACUUUGCGAUUCAUAAAAAGAAAUCUGGACUAUUGGCCCCUCACAGGCUAGGAAGGGACUGGUUUAAAUACAUGAAACCUUCCAUAGUGUGGAAACAAACAAUCCCACUUGUUGUGCUACGUUUCUGGCAUGUCCAGGACGUGCUGAGCUAAUGCAGGCCACGGGUGGACUGUUGGAUCACUUGGGAGUUGCCCACAAUGAGAAUGUUGUCCACAUACAGCAAUCCUGCACAACCAAAAGGUCAAAAGUAGGAAUGUAAGAAGAGGAAUGGCGUGCCAUGCUGGCUUCACUGCACAUCUGGUGGAGCUGCAUGCCCAGGGCUUUUUCAAACCACUGCCACUUUGUGAUCAACAGGCUGGCUGCAACAACUUGUGUUUGGGUUGAAGAGAUCUGCUCUUCACAGUAUGGUCACAUGCACUCCACCAGCUUCCUGGCCACUGUCGCAUGGAGGUUUCAGGCAGCCACGCUACCAGGUGGCCACAGUUUGUCCUUUGGAUUUCUUUCUGAUCCAAAGAAAUUGAAGGCAAAUCCCAGAUGUUAUUGAGCUGUGUUCAGCGGGGGCUGAGGGAAAUGGUAUCUUUAAGGUCUAGUUCAAAGUUUGAAUAUUUCUGUUAGUUGGAGGUAAUUGCAGAAUUGUCAGAGACUCUUAAUAAGCAAUAAGGAUAAGUGAAAGAGAGGAAGGAGGGGAGGGGGAACUUUUAUACAUACAGAAUGGUAUAUUUAUAGACAUUAUUUAUUCUCAUACUUGUAUUUUUUCUUACAGUACUGGAAGGCAAAAAAAUAAUUACCUUGUGUUGGAAAAUAUAUGAAUUUUGGAAGAUAAUUUUCUUGUUAGAACUCUUAUUAAAUGAUUUAUCUGUAAUUAGUGUCCACAUUCUAUCUGUAAAAUCUCAAUUAUAGAUUUUAUUGUUAAAUUAAUCUUUGUUCCUUCUUGCUUUCCUGCUUACUUGAUGGCUUUUGUGUUUUAUCAUAAAACACUUAAUCAAUAAUACACUGUAAUUGCUUUCCAACUCACACAAAGGGAAGCAAAAGGAAUGUAUAUUGUUCAGAUAAAGGGUUUUUUUGUUCAUUACAGCACAAAAACUAAGGCCAGAAGCGAAGUUUAACAGCAAAUUUGAAAGUAAAUUUAAAAUGAACCAGUAUCAGCUAUAAAGUAUUAAUUUUCUUUUUACUUACACUAGAUAAUAUUGCAGUAUUUGUAUUAUCUUGGAAUACAUUCGCUUGUCCUGCUGAGCAGUAAUAAUUGAUUUAUUUUAUUUUUCUUCUUUCCACUAAAGGUCAUCAAGAGUUUUGCAUACCAUCUCACGUUAUGGUCCACCAGCACCCUCUAGUUGUAAAAUUCAGCCUAAUGACUGAUUUCCAGAAUAAGGUGCAAAUAUAAAAACUGUAUACGAAAUAUAGGAUCCUAAUUGAUCGUGAUAAUGUGAAAGAAAAAAAUAUUAUUAAAUUAAAAAUAAAUGGGCACAAAAUCAAUGUACAGCUAUAGAAAUUUUCCCUGCAGUUACAAUUUGAAAGUAUAAAAAUGAAGACAUUCAAGUAGUAGCAAAGGUGAGGUUUGUGAAGUGCAGCUUAGUAACCCAAUUAACUAGUCAUGAUGUCUGAACAAACCACAUGACAGCAAAAUCUGUUUUUGAGGGAGAGCCCAUCUGUGUUUCAGCUGACAUUUACUUCAAGUUCUGCUUAACUGGUAAGGAGAGUUACAAAUUUUUGUUCUACCCUUAAGGUAAACCUUGGUAUUUUCUUGGUUCUUAAGCAUUGAGGUGUAGUAUUCAAAUACUAAUUAGUAUUAAUUCUGUUCUUUUAUAGUGUCAUCACCCUUUAGAUAUCUUUUGACAUUUUUCAGGAUUUUAGAACACAUUCAAACAUUGCAUCAGGAAUUUCCAUGGAGAUUCGUUAAUUCAUUUCUCAACUGCAUCUACAAAUUUAAGGUAGGCAAUAAGUAAGGAUGUAGUUUGAAAAGUGUAUCAGCUGCUAUGCAUUAAUUCCUUGUAGUACACAGCUCAUGUUUGACACCCAGUUUUAGGAGCAGCUCUUCAGCGUGUAAUGGCAUCUCCUCUUUUCUUCACUUAAUUCUAGCUGAGAUGGUGUAAGUGAGCAGUUGGUCUUUUGAGGAAAGGAGUUUAUUUUUGUAAGUGCACUGUACAGAAGAUUGACCACAUGGAAACACUGCCAAGCAGCUUUCAUUCUUCAAAGUCUUCAGAUUAAUUUGGACUUGUUAACAGGGUAAAGGAAGAUGUCUUUAGUGCCCUAUUUGCCAUUAAAGAGAAAGCAGCAACACUUCCUUCUGGGCUAGUGUCAAUGGGCAUGACCACAGUGAUUGAUCUGUCUGUAUAAUCUUUUAAAGGAAAGGCACUUGCAAGUAAUCUUUAUUUAAAAAUAUUUUACUCUGAAGAGAGACAGUACCUUACUUAAGCAGUCUGUUAUAGCUGUUAAGGGAAUCUCUUAAGAGAUGUUGUAAUACAGUUAUAAUAUAGACCAUGGUCUCUGCUUCAAUUAAAGCAGCUUAUCCUUGUGGUUACUGGGGGAUUGCAAUGGGGCUAUUUAUAGAAUAGGUAGCAUUGAAUUAUUUAUUUGCAGCCUAAAUAUAUGCAGUGUCAAGUGAUUUUUCAGGCUAUUGAGAUAUCGUAGUGCUGCAAUGAGUACAAAUGGGGUGUGUAGCAGAUAAGGAAAUGAGAGGACAUUCUUACUUGAUGCUUUCGUGUACUAAUUCCGGGAUUAGAGAAGGUAAUGUGGAAAGAAAUUCAGAUACAGAUCAAUUGAAUAAUAAUUUUGUUUGUGUCAACAAUUUAAUUUUUGUCUAGAAAUUUGCUUUGUAUAUAAAUGAGUUACCUUCUUUUUAUAUUACUAUAAGGAAAUUUUAAAAAAACCAGGAAAAUUAAGCUCAUCUGUGGUUCCCAAAAGAUAAGGAAAUUAAUUCUUUUCACAUGAAGCUCUACACCUAAGUAAACAGUGGAAUGUAAAGAAAAAUUUGAGGACAUAAAUUCCUCAUCAUAGUGGUUUUGUCUAUGCCACUGUAUCAAAUCAGUCACAAGCAAUCUGGGCUGCUUGCAGCACUCCCUUGCAUUUUGCCUUACUCAAGAAAGUUGCCCACCCCUGUACUCCCCCUGCACCUAUCCUUCUUCCAUCAGUGGGAAUGGUGUCAGCAGACAUUUAAAAUAAAGAUUACCUGGCUAUUUUGAAA